UCAUCAUGUCUGUCACCAAGAUCCUCGCUCGCCAGAUCUUCGACUCGCGCGGCAACCCCACCGUCGAGGUCGACCUCUGGACGGCCAAGGGCCUCUUCCGCGCCGCCGUGCCCUCGGGCGCGUCGACGGGCAUCCACGAGGCCCACGAGGCGCGCGAUGGCGGCAAGGCGUACAUGGGCAAGGGUGUCCAGGGCGCCGUCGACGCCGUCAACGGCGAGAUCCAGAAGGCCCUCCUCGAGUCCGGCCUCAACGUGACGGAGCAGAAGGCCAUCGACGACCUGCUCAUCAAGCUCGACGGCACGCCCAACAAGGCGCGCCUCGGCGCCAACGCCAUCCUCGGUGUCUCGAUUGCCGUCGCCAAGGCCGGUGCCGGCGAGAAGGGCGUCGCGCUGUACGAGUACCUGGCCGGCCUGUCCGGUGUCAGCCGCCCGUACAUCCUGCCCGCCCCGGCCAUGAACGUCAUCAACGGCGGCUCGCACGCCGGCAACAACCUCGCCUUCCAGGAGUUCAUGAUCGUGCCCACGGCCGCCCAGACCUUCACCGAGGCCAUGCGCGUCGGUUCGGAGGUGUACCACACCCUCAAGAAGGUCAUCGUCGCCAAGUACGGCCUUGACUCGUCGCUCAUCGGCGACGAGGGCGGCUACGCGCCGCCGGUCAAGUCGGCCGACGAGGCCCUCGAGGUGCUCGCCGAGUCGAUCAAGAAGGCCGGCUACGAGGGCCAGGUGCACAUCUCCCUCGACGUCGCCUCGUCCGAGUUCUACAAGGACGGCAAGUACGACCUCAACUUCAAGGACGAGAGCAACCCCAACCUCGUCACUGGCCGCGAGCUCGCCGACAUCUACCUCGGCUACAUCAAGAAGUACCCCAUCACCUCCAUCGAGGACCCCUUCGACCAGGACGACUGGGAGUCGUGGACGUACUUCCGCGCCAACUCGGGCGUCACUGUCAUCGGCGACGACCUCACGGUCACGAACCCGCUGCGCAUCAAGACUGCCAUUGAGAAGAAGGCCUGCGACGGCCUCCUGCUCAAGAUCAACCAGAUCGGCACGAUCUCCGAGUCGAUCCAGGCCGCGCAGCUCUCGCAGAGCGACAACUGGGCCGUCAUGGUCUCGCACCGCUCGGGCGAGACGGAGGACGUGACGAUUGCCGACCUGGCUGUUGCCCUCGGCGUCGGUAUCAUCAAGGCUGGUGCCCCGUGCCGCUCGGAGCGCGUUGCCAAGUACAACGCCCUGCUCCGCAUCGAGUCGCUCGAGAAGGACAUCACCUACGCCGGCAUCAACGGCUUCACCGUUGACAACGCUGCGCCCAAGGUGCUCAAGAAGUAAAGCUCUCUUGAGCUCAUAGAGGGUCGAUCGGAGCCGGAGGACCUACAC